UGAUGUGAGUUUGAGUAGAUCAAUGAUCAAUAGCUCUGAUAAGAUAAUUCGAAAGGGUGGCUCCUCAAUCUUCCAGCGUGCUGUAGAAGGUUGGAAAAUCAAUUCUUCAUUGGUACUGGAAAUAAGAAAGAACAUUCUUCAGUUCUUGGAUGCUGAAAGAGAUGUCUCAGUGGUCAAAAGCAACCUCAAGCCAGGAGAUGUAAUCCACUAUGUAUUAGACAGACGUCGCACCCUCAGUGUUUCUCAGGAUUUGCAUAGCCUUCUCCCUGAAGUUUCCCCAAUGAAGAAUCGUCGAUUUAAAACCUGUGCAGUUGUUGGAAAUUCUGGCAUCCUUCUGGACAGUGGAUGUGGAAAAGAGAUUGAUAACCAUGACUUUGUAAUAAGGUGCAAUCUAGCUCCUGUGGAGGAGUUUGCUGCCGAUGUGGGAACUAAAUCUGAUUUUAUUACCAUGAACCCAUCAGUUGUACAAAGAGCAUUUGGAGGCUUUCGGAAUGAGAGUGACAGAGCAAAAUUUGUGCAUAGACUAUCCAUGCUGAAUGACAGUGUCCUUUGGAUCCCUGCUUUCAUGGUCAAAGGCGGAGAGAAGCAUGUGGAGUGGGUUAAUGCAUUAAUCCUUAAGAAUAAAUUGAAAGUGCAAACUGCCUAUCCAUCACUGAGACUUAUUCAUGCUGUCAGAGGCUAUUGGCUAACAAACAAGGUCCACAUUAAACGACCCAGCACUGGUCUCCUCAUGUAUACGCUUGCCACCAGAUUUUGUGACGAAAUUCAUCUGUAUGGAUUCUGGCCAUUCCCAAAGGAUUUACAUGGCAAACCAGUCAAGUAUCAUUAUUAUGAUGAUCUGAAGUAUAGGUACUUUUCUAAUGCCAGUCCUCAUAGGAUGCCAUUAGAGUUUAAAACAUUGUAUGUAUUACAUAACAGGGGAGCUCUUAAAUUAACGACAGGGAAAUGCAUAAAAGCAUAAAGCAAUAAAGUACAUGUACAAUAAGAACUACAGAAUACACACUUCAUCAUAAAGAUGUUCUGGAAUGGCAGUGGGAUCCCAGUGAGGAUAUGUUUCGAUACCCACUAAGCCAUCGGAAAAAGGAAUUUUAUCAGAAGUACAUAACCAGCUAUUAUACCUAUAAAGUGCUAUAUCACUAAGCUAUCUUGACUGCAAGGGUUCAAGUAAGUGCCAGUUUAACUAAGAACAAAGCUUGAAUGUAUACUCAAUGGUGUUUACAGGAUCUAGUGACAGAUUCAUCAUGAAUUAAAGAAGAAUACAGCCUCCUUACUGACUUGCCACUGUGGUCAAACAGCCCAGAGAAGAAAUCCCCAGUGGGUGGAAUAUUUUCUUGAGCAAGUAAACCAGGCUUUGGCAGAAACUAUCAUGAUGGAAUUGAGUAGAGAAAGUGAAGUCCCCGAGAUCAAACAAAUCAGUAAAUGCCUUCAGUCAGAGGACUGUUUCUGA